CCAGUUAGCCGCUCUGUCGUCCAGCCUGGACGUUAAACUCCCGAUUCACAGUGAAAGAAAGUCUCGAGGACUGAAAAGACCUGAAGGUUCGGCGCUAACAGGGGUCGCCAGCAGAGGACGCCAUGUCUGCCGCAGACAGGAUGAAGGCGCUCCUCUUCCUGGCCUUGUUCUCCGGAGCGUCCGGAGCGUUGUUAGCGGUGCUCUGUUGCGGGACGGAGUAUUGGCUACUGGCCGCCGAGUCCUGCAGCCGGACCCGAGGGGAGGGCGACAGGAAGAGCAACACCUUCCAGCCUGAGGACGGGGUGACGAUGUUCCACCAGGGUCUGUUCUGGCGCUGCUUUUUCACCGCUGCCUCCUCUGAUUUCUCCAUCCUGGACUUCUGGAUCAUGGGUCGGCCUGAGUCAAAGAUCUGCCAGCCUGCCUUCCUAUUCCCGUUUCCCGCACCCCACCCAACCUGGACCGGCUUCCCCUCAGAGCCGUACCAACCUGCCUCCGCCAUCGUCUUCAGAACCUUCUGGAGCAUCUUCCUUGUCUCAGGCGUGACGGCUGUUGUCAUUGGUGGACUCCUGGUGCUAUGUGGUGCUCCACUGAACAAUCGUAGCCUCUACAGCGCCGGCGGGGCUCUUCAGAUCUGUGGAGGCGUGUGCCUGCUGGUCGUCAUGGCGAUGUACCUGGUGUGGGUCCAGGUGCUGGACACCCUGGAGCAGUUCGCCGCCCAUCAGCGCAGCGUCUCCGGCUGCCCGUCCUACCAGCUCAGCGUCCAGCAGGGCCCGUCCUUCCUCCUGGCGCCCGCCGCCGGCUUCCUCUGCCUGCUGGCCGGACUCCUCUUCACCCUGGUGGGGCGCGGCGUUCAGGGGGUCCGCUCGGACCCAACCGUCCCGGGCCCAUCUGAAACCGAGCUGUGAUGAGCGUGUCCUCUUCCACAAACUCUUUGGGACAAAAACAAUUCAAUUGUAGCAUAUAUUAAUAGCAACUUAUGCUACAGACAAUUUAUGCUUUACACCUGUUGAAGUUGUUACUUGCAUAUGUUGUUAGGAUCAUAUCAGUCUGUAUCUGUUUGUUUUAUAUCAGAUACAGAUUCCUCUAGAGAGCCCACAGAAAUCGUUCAUUUUGUUCUGUUCCCACUUUGAUCCAAUAAAGUCGCAUUGAACUGA